AUGGAUAUUGGAAAGCUGUUUAUGAAAAUUAAAAGCGUGGAUGAUUAUGUUGAUGUUACGAAGAAUGUUAUAAGGACUUUUAAGAAGUCGAAACUGCAGUUGAACAUGACGACUGUUCUUUCGCUGAAAAAAGCUCGUUAUUUUGAAAUUCAGUACUUCAACAAGUUUAAUGAACAUGGUGCUGCGUUUGUUAUUAUUGAGCGGCUUUUGGAAGUGGCGCGGUCGAAAACUUGGGGUUUGCUUGGUAAAGAGCUGGUGGGGCUGCUGCAGCACUGGCUGGAUGCUACUAGGAAACAGCUUAUCAUAAUGAACUCAGACUGGUGGUCAUUCAUGACUUUCCUCCUGAAGAUUGUAAAGGAACUCAGGCUCAAAGACCCCGCCCUUCCAGAUUUACUUGUAGAGAGCACAGCAGAACCUCUCUUAGAUUUAGCUACAAGGAGUGAACUGGAUGUUUUGCAACAACUGGAGAUCUUGUACUGCUUGAACUUGUGCUGUGCUGACUCCAGCAGGGAAGUGAGGUUUGCCACAAGACAUCUGGUGGAGAAUUAUUUCGUAAAGCUAUCAUCCCUCCUAGCCAAGACUGGACAUGUACCAACCCAGUACUACAUGUUGGAGACCCUGCUCCGCUGGCUGCUGCCAAGACAGAACUCGUGUGUGAGGCGCGCCGCCGCUGCUAAAUGGUUUCCCGACGGCUUGUACAGCAGGGAAGCUGCCGAUAUCUUCCUGGAGCGACCUUGGCUCAACUUCUUUCAGGAUGCUCGCGACUUUCUGAACGCCCAAAACAAAACGCACGGUCCAGCCACUUCGGCCGUCUACCAUCAGAUGACGAUCGGAGCCUUGACUAUGGAGUGCUCACCAAAACGCGACUCCUGGCUGGACAUCAACCCAGCUACCAGCAGCAUCACGGUCAUGCUGGAUCCCAGAAUGAUGGAGGCCCUGGGACUGGCGGCGGCCAACAUGCAGACCCUUAUUGUGAAAGAGGAUGGGGUACUUAGCGCUAAACUUGCAAAGGAAACUUCAGACAUUACUUUGUCAAUAAAAACAUCACAGCCGCUACUAGUGCACCCUUCAGGUGAAUCAGUGGGCGAUGGUGGGGAUGUGCAGUUAGUUGUCAGCAAACGGAACGAUCUCAACAGGUUCGACACAGCGCUGAGAGAAAUUUUUGGUGAUAAAUAUGAGGUACUGAUAGAUUUCGAAGAGUUGACAACAUCACCACGUGAUUUGAACAAGAAAAUUAUCAGUAGCUCGGAGGAAGACACUAGAUUUUCACACCCUGUGCGUCCGGCGCGACGUAAGGCUUCAGGGUACGUGAUAAAGUCCGCCUCCACAUUGAAGUCGCCAUCCACCACGUCUACCACGUCGUUAGCUUUGCUUCACGACAGAUUAGAGGCUCUUCCAAAAUUCAAAUAUAAUAAAGAUCCAUUAAAAGUUGCAGCCUUACCCGAUUUAUCUAUUGUUAGCGAAAUAACAGAAAUUAACGAUAGUCAGAGUGUAGUUAGUACAACAAGCAGUUAUCGAUCUUAUGGGAUUGGAUAUAAAAACCUUAGAAAAUCUGAUAAAAAGUCGCAAAGUGACGGGGAGAAAUAUAAAUCUUCAAAAAAGUAUAUAUCACCUAUCGUUGAAGUCAAAGAACACAAUCCCUCUUGCCUUUUAGUAGCUACAGUUGGUACGAAUGAGUCAGUUAUUAAUGACACUAUAGAGUCUUUAUCUAAAAAUAAAGAUUAUGAGGCAGAUAACAUCGUCGACUUACUUUUAAAAGAAGCUUUAAAAAACAAAGACGAUAAGUUAGAUAGCGGUAUUAAUACUGGUGAAAACAAAAAAAGCCAGGAUUUAAGAGAAAGUGAUACUAUUGAUAAUACACCAAAUGUAGAUGAUAAUAAAUUAGCAAAUGAUAAAAAACUGAACAUAUGUAAAGAUGAUACGUCCGAGGAGCCUAAUGAAAUAGUUGAAACUCAAUAUGAGUAUGUUAGUGUUAGAAAGAAGAUUUUGAUUGAUAAACACAAAGCGAUUGAAGAAGAUAUCCAGAAAGGUAUAGACGCUAAUGAGAUGCACACAUUUGAUGAGGAAGCUGUAGAAAAGUUCUUCUCCGAGCACAUUGCAGAAAAUACAUCUGGCGGUAUCGUAGUGAGUCCUUCUUUAGCUAGAAAAAUAAAUGAAUCCAGCUCAGAAGCAAGUGAUCAUUUCCAAGAUUGUUUAGUUGAAAAUGAUUUCCCAAAUGUCCAAGACAUACAGGAUGUAGAAAUAAUUGAUUGUUUGAAUAAUAUUAUCGAUAAAGUUUGUCAAGAUUUUGAGAAGUGUGCAGAAAUUCUCGAAGGGGGAUACACAGAAACGGAUGUAAUAAAACACAUGGAUACUAAAAAAGAUAAAGAAAAUAUUCCAAGUGACGAUCUUAAUAUAAUUGAAAAUAAAAUAGAUAUAGAAACUCCAAAGAAAAAAUCUAAACAGCGGAAGGUUAUUAAAUUGAAAUUUAAAACAAAAAAGACUAUUAACAAAACUCGUUCUCAAAUACAAAGCAAAUUAGAUUUACCACGAAAGAUGUCCCCUAUACUUGAAAAUAAAGACAGCAUAGAACCAGAAAACAUUCAAAAUAAAAAUAGAGUAUCGCAAAUAAUUGCAAGCAAAAACAACAAGACAGAAAAGAGCCACCUGGAUGAAAACAUUCCUGUGGAAGCAGCGCAUGCACAUCCUAAAAAAAAUGUACUGACAAGUCCAGAAAUAAAUAAUAUAUCUCCUAAGAGUAGUGACCUUAAUACGCCUCUGAUUCGUAGACGGCGUAAGUUAUACUCUCCAAAAGAUGAACAUGUUAAAAAUGAUAAGGCUAAAAAUCAAGUACUAGAAGUUACAAAUUUGCAGGAAGAUGAUGGAGCAGUCUUUAAGUCCAAAUAUAAAAAGAGUCCGUACGAAGCUACCUGUUACAAAGAUAUCGAACAGGCACGAAAAAAGAAUAUUCGCCUACCGAGAUCUAAGAAGUCUAAACCUAAAGGACGAAAUAGAUCACCAUCUCCAAGGACCAAAAAGAUGAAUGAACUUUUCGACAAUUUAAAAACAAAUGUUGAGCAACACGAUGAUAUCAUUCUUGCUGAUAAGAAAUUGGUCGAAAGAGAAUUAGCUAUUUACAAUUUUACCAGCGAUAGCGAAGAUGAGGACUUUAAGAAGAAAAAGGUUGAAAUAAAAAAGCGCAUUAGUUCAACUACAAAUGCGAGUGGUGAUUCAACUGUGUCUCGACACGGACGCCUAAUCAACAAAGUUAAUUAUUCAGAAAAAUCAUCAGAUGAGGCAUUAAAAAAGACGAAAAAGAAGAAUGUUGUUAGACGUAAAAAAGUAAGACAGCCAAGACCACAUAAUUUAGCCGAUCAGAAAAUGAGGGAGGCUCAGCAAGAAGAUCUGGACACUUCUUUGGUUUUAAAAAAUGAGACUGAAAUAGUAAAAGAACCAGACCCUAUUUUAAAAGCACCCGCUGUAAUGGAAGUUAUCGGAAGUGAAAUGGAUGAUUCGGUUAAGGUGGAAUCGCGUCUUAAGAAAAACGCAAAGAAAAAGCCAAAAAUGGGAACUACUAAAAAAGAAAUGUCUAAACUUGAUGAGAAAAGAGAUAAUGAUGAUAGAACUUUGAGCCCCCUCCCUGGAUUGAUAAUAGAAAAAGUGCCGCCUCGUAAAGAUGAUCCUAAUGAUUCUGUAUCUAUUCAAGUUUUUGAUAAAUUGAAAAAAAUAUAUCAAGGAACUUCCGACAUUAUUGAUGAGUCCAAUACUACACAAAAUCUGCUUUUAGAUAUGGAUAAAGUUGAUUUUAAUAUUUCUAACGGUGUAGACAGAAUGUCUCCUGAUAUUUCACAAAUUAUAGUAAAUAAUACUAAAGAUGUUGAGCCCACGCCUCGACGAAACAAUGCAAUAUUAUUUGAUGCAGAUGAUAUAAUUGAAGUCUGUAAUUUCGAUGAAAACGAAAGACAAGAUGACAGCAAAAAAAAUGAUAAAGUUAGUAUUUCCAUUUCUGAUGUUCCAUCUGAAAAGUCUAUAGCUACUGUAGGUAAAUCCCCAAUAACUGCUCACGGUAAUAUAAACGAAAAACCACCUGAUAAUGGUCAACUCAAGAAAAGAGUACGAUCCAGGAAUCUGGAUAUAGAAGACAUGGAAUUGGAUACUUCUAUAACAGAUUACUAUAUAAAACUGAGAGAAGAAAUAAACAAACCAAUAAAUUCCAGUACAAGUAGCUCUGGGAAACUUGAUAUGAUGAAGAAUUGGACAGAAAAUGCUUCACGAACUUCGCCCGUCGUACAAGUGCAGAAAUCGACUCAUGAUGUGUCUAAAAUACUGGCAGUAAAAGAAUCUAGUGAGACGAAAAUUGAGAAGAUUUCAGCAAAUCGCUCUCAAAAACCGGUUUCCCCCGUAGUUGUUUUGAACAGAUACGAUAUAUCUAAAUCUUCACCAAACAGCUCGCGAAAAUGUAUUUCACCCGUUGUGUCCUUGUCUAAAAUGUCUUACGACGACAUUUCAAAAUGGCUACCAUCCAGACGAAGUUCAUACGAUUCGUCCGCACGUUCAUCUGAAAAAUCUAGAAUUGAUGACAAAAAUAAAGAUAUGAAUGAGGCGUUAGAAAACUCUGUAUUUUUACGCCCAAAGUCUAACGUUCAAGUUAAAGAAACUAAGAGUAGAGAUAACCUUUCAGAUCUUAAUUCUAUUAAUAAAAUAUCCGAGGAAGAUAAAUCUUCUGAAAAAACUAAAAAACAUAUAACUGAAGCAAAAGAGUCUGGUGGAAAAUGUAUCAAACUACAUUAUAAUCUACGAUCAGCGCCUAAAUCGAUUUCGUCAAUAAAACGAGUAGACUUAAAUCUGGAUUGUAAUAAAAGUAAUCAUAAUAGUACAACUUAUCGCAAAUCUUCAAUAUCGCCUAUUAAAAUCUUCGAUGACUUAUUAAAAGAUUACAAUGUACCAGCAGUUGAGAAAGAUAUAAAAAAACAUAACGAACAGAUUGAAAUUAAAAGUCCUGUACUAAAAACUCCAAAGAAAUUGAGGAAAUCAGCUCUAAGCAUAAGUUAUGGGUCGAACAUUAGUUCAUCGACAAGAGUUGACGGGAAGACUUCAAGAGGUACUUUUAAGAGGAAGUCGGAAAGUCCUGUGAGAGGGUACGGGAAAAAGAGAACGGUAGUUCUUACUGAGAGCGGGCCAAGUGCAUCUAGCAUCGACGAAUGGUUUAGGAAGAGUGCGCCGGUCAGCGCAGCAAAAAGUUUAAGCGAGUCGUAUGGAGACAGUCUACAAAAUAUAUUGGAGAGAUUGGACACCACACUUGCUGAGAUUCACCAGACAACCAAUAACAAUUUCGUCCACCUGUUUGUGGAAGCGCAGCGCCACCUGUCUGAAGUAAAGAGCGAGCGACGCCGCGCGCUUAAACUAGUCGCGGGUGAAGUUCUGAAGGAGGUCGUGGAAGUGAUGGAUAAGAAGUUUGCUGACUUGGAGAAAAGGAACCAAGAAAUGGAUUCAGAAUUUAUGGAACAGCUGAAGAGUCGCGCGACCGAGUUCAUACGGCAGGAUUGUAAGAAGAAACGCGUCAUGGUAGCUCUCCUACAGGAGGACAUCCGGGCUGUGGCCAACCAAACCCGUGGUCAGAGUGGUCAUUGAGGUAGAAAUAGAGUUUUUUUUUUUCUUAUAUGUACGUGGUCAGAGUGGUCAGUGAGAUAGAAAUAGGGAGAAUUUUUUUUCUUUAAAUUCAUAUUAGUUUCCAAUGCCAACUCAAAACAAAAAUAUCGGAAAUCAUUGUUCUUUCUAGCUCACAUAAGGUAAAUUGUAAUGAGGCAUUUUUUUCGUACCCCUCGGUCGUUUUCAUGUAAAACUAAUUAUAUAGAAAUUAAAACGUGCCAUUACUUGACACUAGUACAGUACCAUGCUAUGCAAAUUUUAGCGCAAUCGAGGAGCUUGUGCGUAUUGAGUUCAAUCACGUCCAUAAGGUUAGUUCGUUGAAGAAGACUAAAUAUACCUUUUUGAAACCAUUAUGCCCAUUGCAAUUUGCUGCUGCAAAACCAUUAAUUCGACGAGAAAAUGAUUAUUUUGUUUG